CGGUAAGCAAACGAACGACCUUCCACGGUCUCCCCUAUGAUAACAGUCCACGCCCGUCAGAUGUGUCGUCGCUGUCUGGGAAUGUUGAUAAUUGAAGGCUGCGACUGUGCAUGAGGGCUGUUCACCCGCCUUUGACCUUCCACAAUUGCUCUGUCGACAGCCUCCAGGGGCUUUCUCCUAUCGGCAAAGUCUGGCGCGUGACCCUUCGGAUACCGCUUGUCGCAACCACCAGUUCAGCAUUGUGGAACAUUUGAGAGGUCAAUAUGGGCAAAGUCGAGCAGUCCACCAUCUCCCAUCGAGAGGCAGCCAGCGGCGAGGGCAGCUCGUAUUUCGACUCUCCAGUCGCUUCGAUGGAAGACCGCCGUCGAACCCUCGAGCCAUCCCACCGGACGUUAUCGCGGAUCUCGACAACCUCAACCGUCGAAUACAAAGUGUAUAAGCGACGCUUCUUCGGCCUGGCCCAGCUAGUCCUGCUGAACAUUGUGGUCUCCUGGGACUGGAUCGCCUUUGCCCCGGUCUCAAAGACUUCGGCCAAGUACUUCGACACCUCGGAGACAAACAUCAACUGGGUCUCGACUGCGUUUCUCUUCGCGUACUGCGUCACCACGCCACCUACCUUCUACGUCCUGCACAGGUAUGGCACGAAGACCGCGAUCAUCAUUGCCGCCUCCUUGGUGCUGGUUGGCAACUGGGUCAAAUAUGGCGCGACCCGGGCAAACAACUUCGGCGGCGUUAUGGUCGGACAGCUGAUCAUUGGCUUUGCGCAACCAUUUGUACUGUCUUCUCCCACCAGCUAUUCCAACCUCUGGUUCAGCCCCAGCGGCCGCACCACCGCCACGGCGUUGGCAUCGUUGUCGAACCCCUUUGGUGCGGCGCUGGGCCAGCUCAUCUCACCUUUCUGGGCAGACCAACCAAACGAGAUCCCCAACAUGAUCCUGUAUAUCUCCAUCAUCUCCUCGGUCGCGGCAGUGCCGGCAUUCUUCAUCCCGUCAAGACCACCCUCUCCGCCCUCGGCGGGUUCUGGGGCGGACCACAUCGACCGCACAUCUUUGCGCGAGGAUUUCCACAUCCUAUCCCGUUCGCCCGAGUUCUACCUGCUCUUCCUCCCCUUCAUCUUCUACGUGGGAUUCUUCAACGGCUUUUCGUCUCUGCUCAAUCAGAUCCUCGAGCCGUACGGCUUCAGCGAAGACAACGCGGGCAUCGCGGGGGCGAUCUUGAUCGUGGUCGGACUCGUCUGCGCGGCCAUCUCGAGCCCCAUCAUCGACAAGUACAAGUUUUAUCUUGCCUACGUCAAGGUCGCCAUCCCGGUGCUGGCGGUCUGCUAUGUGAUCCUCAUCUGGGCGCCACAGUCCCGUUCGUUGGCGUACGUCUUCGUCGUCUGUGCCCUUCUCGGAGCCGCAAGCUUCGGCCUCGUCCCCGUGGCGUUGGAGUUCCUCGUCGAGAUCCAUUAUCCCGUGGGCCCCGAGUUGGGGAGCAGUCUCUGCUGGUGCGGCGGGCAGCUUCUGGGAGGAAUCUUCAUUGUCAUCAUGAACGCAUUGAAGGAUGGCCCGAAUGCCGAUCCACCAAGGAACAUGAAACGGGCUUUGAUCUUCCAAGCGGUGUUGGCGGUCUUGGUGAUGCCGGCUCCAUUGUGUCUUGGGUUGUUCGGCCGUCAGGGCCGUGUGAGACGGAAGAGGUGGGAGGCAGAUCGCAGUACGCCAGAAGAGGUCGUGCAGGGCUACGUCGACAGAAUUGAGGAUGAUGAGCAGGCGUUGCAGGGGCAGGACCCCAGAUCCGUGUGAGAAGCGCCGAUAUCUGAGACGAGAGUUCGGGAAGUAUACAUCAAGAGAAAUAUACAAGAAAAACAACGGGAAAGAUGGACAAUUGAUGUCCGUUCCUGAAGGGCUGAUUUGCAAUGAACGACAGCUGGAUAGUGAAUACUAGGAAAGAGAUAUAUUAUGAAGACUGCGUUGGAAGCUACUGGCCUCGAGAGGGAAGC